CCUCCGUAACGCCACGACGCCUCUCUCGGAUUCACCACCUAGCGCGUCGCGACGUCGCGCGCCCCGGCGGAGGCUUCGGGGGGAUUGGACGCCACAAAACUUUCCCAUUAUGAUUCGUGUAAUAGAACGAGAAAAGAGAGGAAGACUUUUACACUAAACAAAAACGUGCUCGAGAAUUUUUUUAUUUUCUGUUAAACGUUACGCAGUUUGAAUUUAAAAAAUUCCGGACUGGUGAAACAGUUGUUACAAAGGUUGAAUGCUAUGAAUUGGUUUUUCUUUUAUUUAGUGAUUCCAGUGACUAAAUGCUAAAAUCAGAUUUGGUCUAUUCUACGAUCCAGUUUAAUCGUUCGAUUUUUAUGAGAUUACGAAUAUUUUAUUGGCACUUUUAAAUCUAGUUGAUUUCUUCUAAUGGUUUUUAUUUGACGUGAAAUAGCUAUUGUUCGACAAAAGGGGUGCACGCCCUUACACGAAUAUUUAAUUAAAUGAUAAACGGCUGCGAGUCACUCGGCACUGAAUUGCCGAAAACUUUGUGAAACUUGUACGUAAGUUCGCACGACUGUUACUCGAUAAUAAAGUUUUCCGCGAAUCCUUUGACUGGAAAUUUCGUGCCAGGCUGAUCCCUGAUCAAAACUGUGUCGAGAGCUUUUAUAAUAUAGGUCAUCUUUUUAUCUAUAAGGCAGAACAAAGUUCUCAGUAUUAAUCACACAGAUAGGUUAACCACGGACAUAAAAAAAUGGAUUUCACCUUCAAUAUAACAUAACAAUAAUACGUGGAAACGAUAGAGAAGCAACGUCAAGUUGAAGUAUCGCAAAUUAAUCAAAAAGUGCAGAAGAAUUAACAGAAGCUGAAUUGAUUUGCAAGAGCAAAGAACUUUGACAAACAAUCAUCUUGCGAAUACUUAUAUUAUCUGCAUGGUAUUGAGGACAACUGUACAGGGCAAUACAUUAAAUGGAAUAUCAGCCUGGAAUAUCGAAUGGCGAAUUGUGCCAGAUUUUUGCCACGAAAGCCCGUAUGAUCAUCCUAUAGGAAAAGGUGGAACCUCACCAGGAAUAUACAUUGGCAUAAAAGUGUGCAGUAAAAUAGUGGAGGGUGCAGGAUAUCGUCUUUGAAGAUGCCGCAGUAUCGUCUCCACGUAAAAAGGACGUAAUCAAACGGAAAAUAAAAUAGAAAAAAAUGGCUCGCAAAAGGGAGAAAGGAAUUCGUAUCCGAUAAAGACUAUCGAAAGGCGCGGGAUGAUGAGCCACCGUGAAACAAAACGAAAGACUUUGACGUUAACGGUCGCUCGCAAAUUGUGGACGAGAGAGUCCUCUUAGCGGCGCGAGUACAUAUAUAUGUAUAUACGAAGACUAUAUAUUAUAACUCAGGAAAUUACGGAGCGAAGAUGAUAGAGCACAAGCAGACCAUUCUGCUGGCGCCAGCGCUAAGCAACAGUAGCUGUUGGCGCGGGGGAAUCACUGCCUCCUGGACAGGACCUGGACCUGGGGAGCUCGUCAGAGCUACUCUCAUCCUGGCACUCAGCCUAGGGAUUCUGUGCGCCAAUCUUCUUGUGAUCUGCGUUAUCAACAGUCGGCGCUACAGCAAAUACAUCCACGCUCAGCCAAGAUAUCUACUCACAAGUUUGGCAAGCAACGACCUAGCAAUCGGCCUAUUGGUGACGCCAUUCGGCUUCCUUCCGGCCGUUUAUGGAUGCUGGCCUUACGGAGAAGUCGUCUGUCAAAUUCAGGCGUUGCUCAGGGGUGCACUUACCCAGCAAAGUGCGGUGAUACUUGUCUGCAUGGCGAUAGAUCGUUAUGUGUGUAUGCUGCAUCCUCAUCGAUAUCACAGACACUCUUCGAAGAAGGGUUGCGUCGCAGUGAUGUCAACGACUUGGAUAGCCAGCGUCGCCGUUUUCGGAGCGUUGGUUCUACCGAGGGGUGGCUACUAUUUCAACGGAUCUGGUCUUCUCGCCUGCGAUCCCUUCUUCGCCAGAGCCUCCCUGAGGAUACUCGCCUGCUGCUGCUUCUACUUUCCGACCACUAUGGUACUGAUGUACUGCUAUGGAUCAGCCUUCCAUGUCAACAAGUUGCGUCUGAAGCGGGUUGUCUGCGUUAAUACGCCGGAAGUCGUCAGCGGCGGUCACAUCGAAAGGCUGGUGGCGCACGAGAGACGUCUGUCGACGUCAGCCUCGAGGACAAUGGCGGCGAUGAGCCUUGGUUUCAUCGUGAUGGUCACGCCAUGGACAAUUCAGGAAGUUGUGGCAGCCUGCACAGGAAGCAAGCCUCCGCCAUUUCUCGACUUCCUCGCCACGUGGCUCGCUUUGUCCAAUAGCUUUUGGAAUCCCUUUCUCUACUGGCUGCUCAAUAAUCACUUCAGACGUAUCUCCAGGGAGCUGCUUUACACGAAAAUUCUCUGCCGCCCUAAACCAUUGGGUCCUAAGCAACAUUGUUGCGCGACCAGCACAGGCGGAUUGGAUGUGUGCAGUAUCGGCGGAUUAGACUUAUCAGGUAUGGAACGUUGCUCAAUGGACAGAUGUUCAAUGGGGCGAUGUUCGAGUCUUUCCCUGGCGAAUACACCCCCGCCAUUGCCCUGGGAAACUGGUCACGGGGGUUGUGGAGACUCGACGCUCACGUGAGGAAAGGACGCCGCCACGCAAACGGAGGACACGUCGUCCCCUGAUCAUGCUAGUUAGUAUCGCGUGGCGGCAAGACAUCAGCUGCCUUACAGGCAACAGGCACCUCAUUCCUAUCGGCAACAUCCCCUGGAGGAAGCGGAACAAUCCUUACUGCGGGACCUGGGUAGCGAGUACCUCGAAAUCCGCGAAAAACGGCGCCUCGAGUACAAUUGGGUUAAAAGCCUGCCGGAUCUUCUUCGGGACGUCGACACUCUAUGACUUUUGUUCUGCAGCGCAAGGGGACCAGGAUGAAUAUCUGGAGCGAAGAAUCACCGAGAGAAUUCAAUAAAACAUCCAUAGAGAUUCUGCACUGUGACAUUUCGUCACUGUAUCUUGGGAAGAUGGAUGUUUCUCUAGUCUGUAACAAUUAAUCGUAAUACUAUGCGAAUAGCAAACAUUAUACAGGAGUGAAACACUGCCCCUCGAUAAGGCCUCUGUACUAACUAUAGGAACUCAUUGACUGUAUAACUAUUGAGUAUUUAACUUCGAUAAAAGGCGUAUGAUUACGUAGUAAAUGACUUUGUAUCUCAUAAUAAGUAUAAGAUCAAUUUUUUCUAUUAAUGAAAGAUCUACGUUCAAAGGUGUAAGUUGAAAUGCGCGUAAAUGACUACUGAUCGAUAAUAGAAAAUGUGUGCAGCGUUGAAUAAAUGAAUUAAGGUAGUUAUAUUCUAAAUUUCAAAGUUCAAUAUCUUUUUGAUUCUUGGUACAAAAUAAUUCAUAUUGUACCGAGUUGCUUUUGUUCAAUAUAGACUUGAUUGUCCGUUUAGAUUUUUUACUAAGUUUGUAGUAAAAAUAAAACUUGACAAAUUUAAAGGUUAUUGUUCAUAUUUAGAUUAAAUAAUUAUAUUUAUUAUUAUUAUUAUUAUUAUAUUAAUCAGAAGUUGCACGCGCAUAAAUAGUUGGGCAGAGUUGUUGUUUUUAUUAUAUUAUUUUUAAAGAAGUAACAUAUUGUUUUUAAUUUAGUUUCAGAUUUUUUUAUUAUAACAUAAAAGCUCAAUUUUCAUUUUCAACUAUAGACAAGAACUUGGUUACUAUGGUUCGGACAUAACUACUUUAACUCCACCACUAAGUAAUUAACGUAAUGAAAUACAUAGCGUCGUCUUCUAUGCGCAUGCGUGGAACUUUUAAAUUUCAAAAUAUGAUAACGACAAAUCGAUACUGCGAAUCCGUAUCUAAUUCUUCUCAAGGGACCCGUCAGAUAUUUAACUUACAUAGUUACGCGAAUGAACGAGUAAAGCAACUAUGUAGAAACAGCAUGCGCUGCUCGUAUAUGUAUAUUCGCUUUUAUGACACGGUACAAAUAAGCAUCAAUAAAGUAGAAACUGCUGCAGGUAUCAUCGCGGUGCGAUUUCACACUUGCACGUCCAAGCGCUUACAAUUUUGCACGUUCGAACGACGACAAGUAAACCGUCCUGGCAUUUGAUAGGAAAUUCCGCAAUAAUCCCAAACGAUUAAAACACCUCGCAGAUUAUUCUCGUGGAACGUGAUGGUGGAUCGUACAAUAAUUUCAUAGUUCUCUCGUUCAUCAUUAUCUACCUCGGGCUCUUGUUCGUUAUUAUUAUCCAGAAUUCUGAUUAAUCCCGAAAAAAAAAUCUGACAACCACGUUGUCUGGUUUCGUUUUUGUCACACCAGUCGAGCAGCGAAUGCAGUUGAACUCGCUUGGGACGGCACUAUGUGGGUUGUGAACAAAGAAACAAGAGAGGAAGAAAGGGUAGUACAGAAUGGUGCAAGCGGGACCUAUAACCUGAAAUAAUCGUAGAAAAUCUUCAGCGAGCAGCCGAGCGCACCACAGUGUAAAUGCGUAGCAACCUUUAAGUCGAGAAAAAAAAAUAUCGUAACUGCGUAAUAUGGUUUCAGCAAGUUUUUUCUCUAUUUUCUCUCACUUGGUUAUUGCAAGUUUCUUAAUGAAAGUUAAAAUCGAUGCAUAACAAUACAAAGAAUGAGGUAUAAAUGAAGCGUGAGAAUAAUCUAAUGAAAAUGGAAAUCGUGUGCUCGAAAAGCUCUAAGGGUGUAGUUACUGAACUUUAAUAAUAAGUGGCACCCCUAAUACAGAUCAUUUAUAAGAUUAAUAAAUUACUAAAUAGGACGACUCCAAAGUGAGAGUGAAUAGUUGUUGUCGCGUCGUAUACUCUUAAGGCUACCUUCUGUAAACGUGAAACAUAAUGAGUCGCAGGUCUAUGUAAUGGAACAAGAAUAUAUGAUAUACGAGGGUGGUGCGAGCAGUCGUCAAUCACUCAGUGAUAAAGUUAAGGGUAAACAUUUUUCCAUCGAUAGAAAACACUAUUUUCCCUUUUUAUAUAUAAAAUCUACUACGGAACAUAUGUUGUUUUUAAUUUUUCUUAGAUAGGAAUAAGUAAGAUGAUAUUGUGGCAAAACUACGACUACGGAUAAAUUGGAUUUCUUCCUUCGCACCACCCGGCUCGAAGCAACAGGAAUGCAAUAAAUAACGUAAUAUUUCCAAUUUCGAAAUUAUGCUCGGAUCCGUACCUUAUACUCAAGGUAUCGUACAUUUGAAGGUUUAGCGUAUUGCGUAACCAUCUGUGCGAUACAACUAUACAUACGUAUAAAAGCGAACGUAGCGAAGCUUCUUGGAAACUGGAGGAAUGAAUUUGCUACAAUCUACCCGUUCAGCCCGAAUGGUUAUAGCAGCUGUUUCGUACUACGCUGCCAAGGUUUAAAAUUACUCUGUUAUCGAAUUGUAACGUUCACUAAUAGCGUAUGCUAAGUUAAACCGAAUAACUUAAUUAAUACAUUAUAAUGCUCAUCUUUAAAGUGUGUAUAAAGGCGUAUGCGUGGAUGUUUUAAAUCGUGAUGUAACGUCGAAGUUUGGGAAAUGAAAAGCAAUCGCAAUGCGUUCGAAAUAGCGAGAGAUUUUAAGGUUACCUCGUAAAGUUACGUAAUGGUUUUCCUUGUUCUCUCGAAAUUUUCGUUGAAACGCGAACGAACACUGUUAUCUAUAUCAGCGAACUUUGAAAUAAUAAACAACAUUUUUUGAA